CGGUGUUUGUACGGCACGUCCAGCAUUUAACCUAAUUUACAAACUUCCGUUCUAAGCGUCCAUUGUACCAGAUUGAUGCCGCCAGAGAAACGUUAAUUCAACGAAUAAAAAAUCCAUUGCAAUCAUGAAAUUAGUCAGGUUUUUGAUGAAACUUAGCCAUGAAACUGUCACAAUAGAGUUGAAAAAUGGAACACAAGUACAUGGGACAAUAACAGGAGUUGAUGUUAGUAUGAACACACAUCUAAAAGCUGUCAAAAUGACAGUAAAGAACAAAGACGCAGUGCAAUUGGAUUCAUUAAGUAUCCGUGGAAACAAUAUCCGAUACUACAUUCUGCCAGACAGUUUACCUCUUGAUACAUUGUUAAUAGAUGACGCUCCAAAAGGCAGAUUUAACAGCAGAGGUAGACGUGAUGACAGAGGAGGUCGAGGAGGACGUGGUGGUCGUGGUGGUGGCAGAGGUCGUGGAGGUGGACGAGGCGGUAGAGGACGAGGAAGGGGUCGUCGUUAAAACAACAUCAUUUCCAGCAUCUCACAUCAUCAUUCUUUGUUAAUAAAUGUUGUUGAUCAUCAUAUUUGACUCGUAACUCAAGAGCAUAAAGUUAAGCGGAACUUAUUUCAUUCUUGACAUUAAGUUUCCUCCUAACUCUAUGCACUUUUUAAGCUCAUAAAGAAACAUAGUGGUCCAAGUUGUAGUUACUGUUUCUAGUGUGUAAUUGAACAAGAAGUAUGACACAAGAUAGACAUUGUCGGUGAAGACGGCUGUUUUCUAUUUUUAAUGCACACAAGGUGAAAGAAAAAGACCCAAGUUUUAAAAACAAAGGUGAAAUGUUUAAGGGACACCAGCUUUAAAAUCAUUUGGAAAAAAACUAAAGAAGUAACUAUGGAUAUCAGUUUAAGAGUUAGUUGUAUCUUAAACUUAGAUAAAUUUACAGAUCAAAAGCAUUUACAUUUCAAACUUUCAUUUCCAUCGUCAUUAUUUGUACGACUUUAUUUCUCAUUUUGGUCUUUACAUUGAAGAGGUUUGUGUUCUUGCGAUGUUAUGUAAGAGAAGUGUGUGUGAGAGAGAGGGAUUGUAAAUGUACCACUUCAGUAAGAAGGCAGCAGAAUGUUAUAUUUAGACUCGUAACGUUUGGUUAGGAUAAUUUUCUACACUUUCACGGACAUGCUGUUUUAGCUCAAAGCAAACUUGUAAUGUUAUUUUCUUAUAGCUUUCAACAGGACAUGGUUUCUUGUCUUAAUUGAUAGUAUUUCAUCCAACUUUCACCAUCAAAAGCAGCAAUAAACUUAACCACAGGAAAAGUGAUUUUGCUAUGAAAUGACUUAGUAACUGUACAUUGCUGAAACUGAUAAUGGAGUUAUAUACACAAUGAUGUUCAGAAUGAAACAAAUCAUGGCUAUUUUUAAGAAUUUUGUUUAUUUUGGGAUUAUAAUUCUGAUUCCCAGCUUAGAGAACUGUUUGCAAUGAACUCCAGAAGUUCUCAAGAGGGGAAAAAAUUAUAAUAUUCGCAUAGUACAGAGAGAAAAUUCCCAUUAAAACUUACAUUUGCAAGGGAUUUUACAGGAGGAAAAGGUUCAUUCCUCGUUAUUUUAGUGGGCUUGUACGAUUGUUUUGAUUUUUAUAUUGUGGAAGUAAACUUUGUAUAUAGAGUAAAAAAGCUAACAAAGGUA